UGAAAAAAAGAUAACAUACACCAUAAGACUUAUACUUAUAUACGCAUUAUUAGUAUACAUAUAUAUAUUUACAAUAAGUAAAAAUUUACAUAUAAUACAUAUAAAAUUAGCUCAUAAAUUACAAUUCUCCUUUUAAAAUAUGGCGCAAAGUAGAACAGAAAAAAUUGGAACAAUUUUUACAAGAAUAACAUCAUUGAUACGCACAGGUUCAUUACAUCCAAAUAAUUUGCCAAUAUGGUAUAACAUAUAUAAAAACUUUCCUCCAAAAGAUGAACCACUCUUUGCUAGAAAACCAUCACAGAAAAAAAUACAAAAUAUAUUUUAUGCUGAAGAUAUUAUAAGAGCAAAAUUUCACGAAGAUACACAACUUUCUAUAAUAGAUAUGAAAUGUGACAAUGCUACGCAAACUCAAAUCUUUUUAACUUUAUAUGAAAGUUUUUUACAGGAUAAUAUUAAAGAAGAAGAAGCAUAUGAAAAGGCAUUGCAAAGAUAUAAAGUAAUGUAUGAUGCUAAAACAAUACCUAAAUCACAGAUAUCACAUGAAAGCACUAAAGAUAACAAAAAAUAAUAAAUAGAAUUUUAAAUAGAUUAUAUUUAUAAUAAUAUAUUGUAAAAAUAAAAAAAAACUAAUCAUA